UGUGUUGAUCACUACUAGCUUAACUCCCUCUGGCCUCUGCUAGCUGCAGCCAUGGCCCAUGCAAGAAGCAUCCCCCUACCCACGUACUACGACCUGAUGAUCAGCUGCUUCCUGUUAUUUCUAGCCAUGACCUACGCGACAACUCACGCCGCCGCACUGUCCUUCGACUACAACUUCACCGUCCCGAGGGACCGCAAGCAGCUCAAAUUCAUCAACGCCUCCUACGCUGGCCGCGACCGGGUCAUCCUCACCGACGACAGCUCCAACCUCACCGGCCGCGUCGUGCACCGUAAGCCCGUGCGCCUCUGGGACGACCGUACCGGCAGGAGAGCCAGCUUCACGACGAGCUUCCGCUUCGCCAUCGUCCAGGAAAGCAACAGGACGGACAACCUCUCACGGGGCGACGGCAUGGCGUUCUUCCUCGGGCCUUUCCCGGCGACGACCCCUCCUCCGGGCUCCGACGGCGGCCUCCUCGGGCUCUUCAGCAACCCCAACAGCACCGGCGCCGCCGACUCGCGACGCCCGCCGCACAUCCUCGCCGUGGAGUUCGACACGCGCUGGAACCACGGCUGGGACCCCUCGAACGGGGACGGCGCCGGCGGUGGCGACCACAUCGGCGUCGACGUCAACGGCAUCAGGUCCAACCGGACCAGAAGCCUGCCGCCGUUGAGCCUACAUGGAAUCAUGUGGGCGAGCGUCACGUACGACGGCGAGUCCAAGGUGAUGAAGGUGGCGCUACGGAAAACCGAGCUGGCGUCGGAGGAGUCGAGCACCACGUACGAGUUCAACGCCACCAUGGAUCUCAGGGACGACGCCGGCCUUGUACAGGACGCCGCCGUCGGGUUCUCGGCGGCCACCGGUGUCCUCUGCGAGUCGCACCAGCUGCUCUCUUGGUCCUUCCACUCAACAGGUAACCCAUUUCAAAUCUAACGAUGUCAUCAUGCAUGGACGAAUUUCUAAUAUUCCGAUAAGGUGUACCAAUAUAUCAACGGUAAUUGUCCCCGGCCAACGUUCGCUGUAAGGGGGUGGCAAGCGAACCAUUUUUACUGUCAGUUUUG